ACUUUUCACUCAGAAACCAUUUACUAAGCAGCCACACCGAGCGCGACAGUUGACUGACCGAGUUUUUCUGAGGUCACGACCCCCGACACCAAAGCCCCUUCCCUCUCGCACGGCUUCCAUCAAUGCGCCUCAAGCCCCCAGAGGCCACGCCAGGUUCCCUCCGUCCUGUCCCGGGACCCUCCACGGCCCGCACAGCCCUUCCUCUGAAAUUUCGUCAGGUCCACGGGGAAUCUAACCCGCGCCCUCCCUCAGGAGAUGUCUUCCUCUGCUCUCCUCUCCUCGCCACCGGUCCUUUAGACCUUGUCCCCAGGCUGUCAAAGAAAGAAACGCCCCUCGAAAAGAAAACCCUCUUGUUCGCACUAACUCACCGACGACCGCCCAAAAAGAUAAAAACGCACACUUCCACAACUCUCCGCCGAAAGGCUAGGCCUGCUACCCGGCGGGAGACGCCACAAAGCCAAAGCAUCCCCGACUAGCUCGGCCCCGCCUCAGCCUCCGCCUCCCCGCCGCUCCCUCAGCCGUCACAGCGGGGCGCGACUCCGCACUCACUUUCAAACUGACCCAACAUGGCGCUGACUGGCGGUGCGCAGGCGCGGCACUCGGGCGUGGGGGCGAGCGGCGGGAGGAAAGGGCGUUGUGGGCGUUGGCUCGCACCCUCUUCUAGGGGUUGUCGUUUUUCCCUCCCCAUCCCUUUGGGGCUGGGGGUCCUGGACUACCGCCACUUCGCUGCCCCCCAUGCCCUCCCCGCCUCCGUCACUGCCGUUCUCGGCCACUCUGCGCAGGUGACCGGCUGAGCUUCAUUUGACAGGCUCCGAGGCUGUGUGACGGGAGGGCGUGGAGAAGGGGGCACUUUGGUGACUGCAGUUUUUGCCGGCCAGGAGCUAGCUCCGCAGCCCCAGUCCCUCCGAGUGUGCUCGGACUCCUCGCUUUCAAAGCACCCAGCCCCGCGUCCCCAGAAAAGGCAGCAUCUCAGCAAGGGGGCAGCUCCCCCACCAUUUCCUUCCCUCCUUCCUGAGUGCCUUCCCCACCCAUCACUGAGCCGGGCCCUUCACAGGCAAAGCGGACGCGGGGUUAGAGGAGCCGCGUUUGACCAGGGAUGGGAUUUAACAAACUCCUUGGGGACUUUGAUUCCCAGGCAGGAAGGAAUGGCUGUGACCCUGCACGGAUUGGGGACCCAGUCAAGCAGGGCAGAAAGUGGGAGAUUAUACAAACAGAUGUAAAGACCGACUAACAACACGUGUGAACCUGUCUACAAGGCUGGGACAGCAAGUGAGGUGUGAAGAAUACAUUUUCAACCAAGUGGUGUGUCAAAAAAAGAUGCCAUCUCAACAUUGGUUUGUGUUUAUUUUCCACUGGCGGGAUCUGUGAAGAUAUCCGUGACCUUUGCUCCACCUGAAUAUGUGCCCGCUCAUCCGAAGUGGUAUUACCAGGUAAAACAACUGUCACCUUGCUGUUCGUGCUCUCUUCACCCAUCCCCGGCUCACUAAACUUAAUCUUCCCUUUUCUCUUAGCAAAUGAAAAAGUUCAGGAGCUGUAAAAUUCAGUUUAGUGAUUCAAUUAAAAUACACGUUUAUUGUGGCAGUGAGUAUGGUAAGUGCCAGUUAUUUGAAAAUGAAUAUGACACAGUCCCUGCAGCCCAGGAGCUUACAGUAUAGUGGUAUGUUCCAAUACUUUGUACAAUUUUUAGGCCAGUCAAUAUCAAGUAGUUUGUUGGUAGGAAAUAAAAAACUAGUUCAAGUUACGUCAAACCCAGGUCAGGGACCAGCCAAGGGUGGCUGUGUGACAUCUAUGUAAAAUGUUAAUAGUAUGAACAACUAGAUGGUGCCCGGCUACUACCGUGCUCUGACAGGGAUCACAAUAGAGGGUCCUAGAUAGAGCUAGAGAAAAAUGUAGGACAAAAUUCUAAUUUAGACCAGACUUACAGUCUGACACAGACUGGAGAAAUCCCCAGAGUAGGGCCUCCAGACCCCCUUUUAACUUAGUAUUGAAGUCACCCCUGAGGGUCACCCUUCACCCAAAGAUUAGACAGGCCCAUAAAACAAAUCAAGACUAAAUGGGCGCAUCAGCCCAGGGACAAGGAUGAGAAGGCAGAAUGGGACAGGAAAGCUGGUAAUGGGGAAACCAUAGUCAAGAGGGGGAGAGUACUGACAUGUCGUGGGGUUGGCAGCCAAUAUCACAAGACAAUAAAACCAAAAACCAAACCCGUUGCCGUCGAGUCGAUUCCGACUCAUAGCGAGUCUAUAGGACAGAGUAGAACUGCCCCAUGGAUUUUCCAGGGAGCGCCUGGUGGAUUCAAACUGCCAACCUUUUUGGUUAACAGCUGUAGCACUUAACCACUACGCCACCAGGGUUUUCCACAAAACAGUAUGUAUAUUGUUUUAAUGAGAAACUAAUUUGCUCUGUAAACCUUCAUCUAAAGUACAAUUUUAAAAAAUGUGAAUGGUGUGAGCUUAAAGAGUUAGAUUUUUAUCCACAUUCCACCUAAAUGUCUUUUUAACCUGUCGUUCUUUAAGAUAAUUUCUUAAAGAUUCUUUUCAGAAACAGUAUCUUUAAAAUUUAUCAUACUACCUUUUUCUUCUGUCUUGGAGCAUAUGUGGCAAAUGUUUCCUACUGAGGAUAUAAAGUAUAAACAAAUAUAAAGGAAAUUAUCAACCCAAUUCACGGGUCAGAAUAAUUCUGUUUUCGCUUUGUUCCUUCACAGGUUAAGAGUUAUGGAGAUCUCCAUGAGGAUUCAGAGAAGAGUCCCAUUAGUUAUUAAAAUUCUGGACUAGAUGAGGAAAGGUAAACAGUCUAGUAGGGAAAAGGAGGCUAAUGGUUUACUAAAGCUUUCAAACAUAAAAAAUGGCAACUAGCUAUUGUGGCUUGCUGGAGAGCUAAACAAGAGAAAAUAGAUUUGUGAUCCAACCUGAAGAACUUUAGGUGACAGCUAAGGAAGAAUAGCUCUGAUAAUUAAACUUUAAAAUGGUUUAUUGAGGUGCUUUAAAGAGCCAGCUCUUUGGAGAGUUUUGUAAAGAAUGGAUUUAAAUUUGUCCAUUUUGAGAAUAUAAACUUUUUGAUUACCUAUAACUGGCCCCAGAGUUUUCAGCCCUUUUACAUAUAUUCACUCAAUCCUUAUUACCACCUUGUGAUACGGCAUUAUUAUCCCCAUUCAAUAGUUGUGGAAAUUGAAGCUCAGAGAUUAAGCAUUUUUGCCAAAAUAAUACAGCUGGUGGUUAGUGGCAAAGCCAGAUUUGAAUCCAGCUCUGUGUUGUCACAUUCGGAGCAGAAAUAGUAUCUUACUCAACUGUUUUUACCAAAGCUACCACAGUACCUAACCUCUAAUGAGGGUUCGUUAAAAAAAUAAAAAAACUAGUUGCCCUGGAGUUCUGUGUUUAAAUUGAAUUGAUGUGAGCUUGAUCCUCUCUGAGGUGACAUUUAAGCAAAGAUACCAAUGAAGAGGACUCAGUCAUGUGAACAUUUUGGGAAAGAAUGUUCCAAGGAGAAGGAACAGCAAGUACAAAGACCCUGAGGUAGGAAAUUGCUUGGUUGUAUUUAAGGAAUAGUCAGGAGGUCAAUGUGAUUGGAGCUAAGUGGGUGAAAAGAGAGAUAAGGAGGUGUGUUUGGAGAGGAAGCCGGGAGUCAGUCAGAGCAUGUAUUGCUACUCACUUUAAAAAGAUUAAUCUCCAAGAACAUACAAUCAACAGAUUGCAGUGAUUUACAAGAGAAAAGAAGCAUAAUUAAGCUGUUAAGAGUAGUAAUGAUUAUUGAAUGACUUAUGUGUCACGUACUGGGUUAGGACAGUUAAGUGCGUUAUCUCAUUUAAUCUUCACGCUAAUCCUACAAGGUAGGUAUUAUCCCAGUUUUACAACAUGAGGAAAAUGGGGAAUCAGAAAUAUUAAUUAACUUGACUCACACAAAACAUAAGUGGCAGAGACAGGAUUUGACCAGGUCUUUUUGUCUCCAGUGCCUGUGCUCCCUCCACUACCACAUUUUCUCAUUUGAAAGACUAUGACUGAGGAGAAAGGUGUUCAUGCAUGCAUUCAUACAUUCAACAAAUAAUUACUGCCCAUUGCUAUGUGCCAGGCCUGUAGAAAUAGUAUUAAAAUGUAAUAUUGUAUAAUUUCUUUUGGUAUGAUUACACUCUUAUCAAUCAUUUGCUUUUAAAACUUUGCAGGUAGAUGGACUAUAAAGCAAUUGCCCAGCAAACUGCUCAAGAAGUUUUAGGUUACAGUCAAGAUACAACAGGCUGGAAAGUGGUGAAAACUUCAGUAAUUAUUUGUGGAUUUUUAUUCCCCUUUGAGAAAAAGAUAACUGUUUCCAGCAAGGCUUCUAAAAAAUUCAAUGGAAAUAUCUAUCGUGUCGAAGGGAUAAUUCCACAAUCAACAAGUAAACUAUGUGAACUUCUCUACCUACCUGAACACAGAGUUACAUGGGAUAAAUCAUUGAAAGCAUUUAAUAUGGUACACAGGAUUGAUUCGGACACAUUCAUAUGUCAUGCCAUUACACAAAGUUUUGCCAUGGGCUCAAUUUCCCCCCGAGACUUUAUCGACUUAGUACACAUCAAGCACUAUGAAGGGAAUAGAGUGAUUAUCAGUUCUAAUAGUGUGGAUUUUCCGGGAUAUCCUCCAUCUUCAAAUUAUAUCCGUGGUUAUAACCAUCCUUGUGGCUAUGUAUGUUCACCUGUGGGAGAGAACCCAGCAUAUUCCAAACUAGAGAUGUUUGUCCAGACAGAAAUGAGAGGAAAACUGUCCCCAUCAAUAAUUGAAGCAGCCAUGCCUUCCAACUUAAUAAGUGUCAUCCUCAAUGCAAAAGAUGGAAUAAAGGCACUCAGAAGUACAUCAGGAUGUGCAUGCCAUCCUAAGAGUCAUUCAUCAUUCCUAAAGAAGAAAUGAGGCCAUUCUGCUAUAAAAUCGUGUGCAGCAGUUGCUGCAUUUUACUUCUAAGUCAGUAUGCAUAAGUACUGUUAAACUACCCUCCCAGUAUUCUUGUACUAAUUACUGAAGGUACUCUGUGAAAAUAUGAACUCAUAGUUGUACAAGAGAACAGCAAUAAAUGUCGUUUUUAAUCUCAGAUAAGAACAAUGUUAAAUAACAAUUGUACUUAAUACACCUGUAUCUUUUGCUUUUUUUCUCUGGAAAAUGCUCUGAAUAAGAUAAUA